AGCAUCUUAUGUGAGUUUUUCUGUGAAAAACGAUGCUGCCUGGCUAGCCUUAUGCCACUGCCGAACUCCGUUUCUCUCCAACGCUCCACCGGGCUGAGACUCCACGAUCCCUUUCCUUCCGGUUGGUCCACGCGAUCCCACACUAUUGACCGUUAGUCGAACGAGGCUCAUGAAGUCCAAGCCUCGCCGGUCUUGGGCUGAAUCGCCUUCACACAAAAAUAAAUAAUCUGCUGAAUACAUAUACCCAGGAUGCCAAAACGGGGGUCUCCGUCCCUUGUCUCCUUGUCCGUAACAUCCACCUUCCGCCAUCAUGAAGAUCCCCCUGAUUACCCUGGCGGCUGGCUUGGCUGACGCCGCCUCGAUCUCGCUCGUACCGCGUGCCUUUGCGAAUGCCCCUGAUGGCUACGCCCCCGAUAACGUUACCUGCCCGUCCACCCGGCCGAGCAUUCGAUCCGCUGGCGAACUGUCCGCCAACGAGACCGACUGGCUGAAGCUUCGUCGCGAGGAAACCCUCAAGCCCAUGAAGGACUUGUUGGGCCGACUGAACCUUACCUCCUUUGAUGCCAAAUCUUACAUCGACCGCCAUGCGAAGAACAUCUCCAACAUCCCCAACAUCGGUAUCGCCGUCUCCGGUGGUGGAUAUCGCGCCCUGACCAACGGUGCUGGCGCUAUCAAGGCCUUCGAUAGUCGAACGGACAAUGCUACGGCAGAAGGCCAGCUGGGAGGCCUGUUGCAGUCCGCCACAUACGUGUCUGGUCUGAGUGGAGGCUCGUGGCUGCUGGGUUCUAUCGUCAUCAACAACUUCACCACCGUCGGUGCUCUGCAGACCGAUGAGCGUGUCUGGGACUUCUCCAAGAACAUUCUCGAGGGCCCCAACGCCAAGGGUCUUCGGAUCCUGAGCACCGCCAAAUACUGGAAGGACUUGUUCAAGGCCGUCGACAACAAGGAAGAUGCUGGAUACGACACCUCGCUGACGGACUACUGGGGUCGUGCGCUCGCCUACCAGUUCAUCAACUCGACUACUGACGACGGCGGCCUGGACUACACCUGGUCCUCUAUCGCCCUAACUGAAACCUUCCAGAAGGGCCAGAUGCCCAUGCCCAUCGUCGUCGCCGAUGGCCGCAACCCCGGCGAACUUGUCGUCGGCACCAACUCGACCGUCUACGAAUUCAACCCUUGGGAAUUCGGCACCUUCGAUCCCUCCAUCUACGGUUUCGCGCCCCUGGAAUUCCUUGGAUCGCGCUUCGAGAACGGCGAGCUGCCCAAGACCGAGAAGUGCGUGCGUGGAUUCGACAACGCCGGCUUUGUCAUGGGCACUUCGUCCUCGCUCUUCAACCAGGGCCUGCUGCGUCUCAACAACACCGACGCCCCCGACUUCGUCAAGGAAACCGUCAUGAAGAUCCUCAAGAAACUCGACCGCAACGACGAGGACAUCGCCGUCUACUCGCCCAACCCCUUCUACCGCUACCGCAACGCCACCCACGCCUACUCAAAGAGCCGCGAGCUGGACGUCGUCGACGGCGGCGAGGACGGCCAGAACAUCCCCCUGCACCCCUUGAUCCAGCCCACGCGCCAGGUGGACGUCAUCUUCGCCGUCGACUCCUCCGCGGACACCAACAGCUGGCCUGACGGCUCGUCGCUCGGCCACACCUACGAGCGCAGCCUCAACAGCACCGGCAUUGGCAACGGCACCGUCUUCCCUGCCGUGCCGGACAAGAACACCUUCAUCAACCUCGGCCUGAACAAGCGCCCGACCUUCUUCGGCUGCGACUCCAAGAACAUGACGGGUCCGGCGCCCCUGGUCGUCUACCUGCCCAACUCCCCCUACAACUACGCCUCCAACGCCUCCACCUACAAGAUGGAGUACAGCGACGAGGAGCGCGACAACAUCAUCCUGAACGGCUACAACGUCGUCACCCGCGGCAACUCCAGCGUCGACGCCGACUGGCCGUCCUGUGUCGGGUGCGCCAUUCUCUCUCGCUCCGCCGAGCGCACCAACACCAAGCUGCCCGAGAUCUGCAACACCUGCUUCAAGAGCUACUGCUGGAACGGCACCGUCGAUAGCUCGACCCCCAAGGACUAUAAGCCCGAGCUGCAGAUCGAGUCGUCUGAGUCGGCGGCCACGCGCCAGGAGAUGAACCGCACUGCCGCGGUGAUUGCCCUGGCCAUGCUCUUCUUUAUGACGAUGUAG